AUGGGCGCGCAGCAGUCGACCGCCGGCGGCGACGCCAGUGCGGGCGUGCACGUCAAGACGAGCUACUACGAGCUGCUGGGCGUCGAGCGCGCCGCGUCCGACGACGACAUCAAGAAGGCCUACCGCCGCAAGGCCCUCGAGCUGCACCCGGACCGCAACUAUGGCGACGUCGAGCGCACCACCGCCCUCUUCGCCGACAUCUCCACCGCCUACGAGGUCCUCUCCGACCCGCAGGAGCGCGCCUGGUACGAUGCCCACGAGGGCGACAUCCUGCGCGGCGGCGAUGGCGGCGGCGGCGGCGACCACUACGAGUACAACAUGAAGGUCACCACCGCCGAGGACAUCUCGCGCAUGAUGGGCAACUUCAGGUCCAACGUCGACUUCACCGAUUCGCCGACGGGCUUCUUUGGCUUCCUGCGCGAGACCUUCGACACGCUGGCCCGCGAGGAGGAGCGUGCGGGCGACUACGAGGGCGUCCAGGUCAACGACUACCCCUCCUUUGGCCACAAGGACGACACGUACGAGAGCGGCGGCGUGGUGCGCAAUUUCUACAACGUGUGGGCAGGCUUUGCGACGGUCAAGUCGUUCGCAUCGGCGGAUUUGUACCGCACCUCGGAUGCACCCGACCGCCGCGUGCGCCGCCUCAUGGAGAAGGAGAACCAGAAGCUGCGUGAGAAGGGCAUCCGCGAGUUCAACGUCGCCGUGCAGACGCUGGUUGCCUUUGUGCGCAAACGCGACCCGCGGUACACGCCCAAUAUGCAGACGGAGGAGGACAAGGCGAAAGCCCAGCGCGAGGCGCGGAAGCAGCAGCAAGAGCGCGCGCGAGCUGCGAACGCGGCAAAAAUCCAAGACGAGGCCGAUGCCGUCCCCGAAUGGGCAAAAGUGCGGGACCCAGAAGAGCUGCUCGACGAGUCAGAGGAGGAGAUUGAGGAAGAGCACUUCGAGUGCGUAGCAUGCCGCAAGACGUUCAAGAGCGAGCGCCAGUGGGAGGCCCACGAGAAGAGCAAGAAACACCAGAAAGCCAUCUACGCGCUGAAAAAGAAGAUGCGGAAAGAGAAUGACUUCCUCAACCUCGACGACGACGUGUCAAGCAGCGGUGCCAUCACGCCCGCCCGCGACGAAGAACAAGACGACGACGACGACGACCAGCAGAUAGGAGGCGAAGACCGGGACCCUGAGGAUGCAGACAAGGAGGGGAAGGCAAGCUCGGAUGCACCCGCCCAAACGCCUGAUCAUGUUCACCUCGGCGACAAGCUCCAAAGCCAUCCAUCCGGCUCAGACGAUUCAGAUAACGACGACGACGAAUACGCCUCCCGCUCCGACAUCGAGGCGCGCUUGGCUUCGUACCGCAUCGACGCAGACACGGCAGCAACGUCGACCACCGAAGGACCAUUAGAGAACCCCCCCGCAGAACGCCCAGACGUCCCCGAGCCUCCAGCGAAGAAACUCGGUGCCGCGGCGCUGAAGCGCGCAAAGAGGGCCGCGAAGCAGGCAGAGGGAUCUGGUGGUUCUGACGCUGAUGGCAUGCCGCACCGAUGCAUGCGGUGCAACAGCGGGUUUCCGAGCAAGACGAAGCUGUUUGACCACAUCAAGGAGAGCGGGCAUGCGGCGCCGCUCAGCGAGACGAAGGGCGCGAGCGGAAAGAAGGGGAAGAAGCGGUGAUUUGGGACGGGAAAGAUUUUGUUUGUCUUAGCAUCAGCAUUGGCAUUUGAGGGCGUGAAGCAUAGACAUGGCUGACGAUAUCACGAGUGAUGACGGACGCGAUGGGAUGGGAUUGUGUUAGAGGGCGCGCUGCAUAUGAUACCAGAAAUGAGCCU